AUGCGCCAUUGUUGCCCGAAUUUUCAGAGCAAAAGUUAUGCAAAAAAUUCCGACUUGAGUGUUCGAAUGGCUUUGUGCGGUCGGUUGAAACUCUUCGCCGAAUUUUUAGCUGCUGGAAGUCAUACUGCGUCACUGUCUUACUCAUGCCAGGUAAGACUUCUGAGCUCUACAUCCCACCGCAGUGAAGCCGCAGUGAUCCCGGUCGAGAAAAAAGAUCGGUUACCCCCUGAGAUCCAGGAAAAUGAAGAAACGGGCAAGAAACCAAUGUCGAAAGCAAUGAAGGCCUAUUUGGAACGUGCUCGUGAGCAUGAGCUUUUUAUGGCGGAGGAGAAGAAAGCGUUUCAGAUCGGACGACGACAUUUAGCGAAUAUGAUGGGCCUUGAGGAGAGUUCUAUGACGCAGGAAGAUAUGGAUGCCGCCGUUAGCUACCUUUUUCCUUCUGGAUUAUUUGAGCCGAAGGCUCGGCCUUUCAUGAGAGAUCCGGAAAUUGUGUUCCCGAAACGGAAAGCAGCUGAGUUUGAUGAGUCUGGUCGGCCACACCACACGUUAUUCUACACUCAGUUGCCCAACUUUUACGGUGUCAUGCAUGAUAUUUGCCGUUAUUUGGAGGAAUGCGACUCUUUGCAAAGCGCUGCGUUUAGGAAAGCACGUAGGUCAGGUCCGCCUGGAACCGGGGGUCCAGUCGUGAUCAAAGACGAAGACAAGAUCACCGUCAAAGGCACUCAAUGGCUCCGGAAGCCGGCAGUGGAAGCCCGGCUGCUUGAAGCAAUAGACGACAAGCGGUAUGCUCAUCUCACGGGUGCCCUGGACCGUCUGUUGGCUCAUCCAUUCGCUCACACUUUCAAGCCGUUUAUCGAAUCCUGGCGUCAGCCGAUGUUUGUCGACGUCACUUUGCAGGAAGUCGCCAAGGAAGAAUUCGACGAGGAUGGGCGGAAGUUUUGUAGAGGAGAAGCCAAGCGGAAGUGGGCAUAUGCGCGCGUGAAAAUUUACGCUGCCGGAACCGGAGUGUUCUCUGUCAACGGACACGAGUAUUUGCCGGAUGUGAUGAAAACUGUGCAGGAAAGAGAAGUGGUGAGCUUUCCGUUGUUGCUCACCGGGUUGCUUGGCCAGGUCGACGUUCACUGUGAGCGUGCGGAACUAGGACAACCUUUGAUGACCUACUCAUCUACUCAUUUCUGGAAUCAGUCUAAAAGCCCGUUGUUUCAAUUCACGUUCCACGUGUUGAAUCAGGCUUCGUUGAGUAAUAAAGCUGGAAUCGGUACACCACAGGUUGAGGGCGGCUACCGCGUAAUUCUCCCGGGGUUUUACAUACCUCCCGUGUGCAAGGGAGAUGAAAUCAAGUGGAAUUUGGGGUACUCUGCCCGAGCCGGAGCCAUGCGCCUAGCCAUGUCCAGGGCCCUGACUGGCCUGGUUGACGAAGACAUGCGGAAACGAAUGCGACUCGCUGGUCUCCUGACGGAAGAUAUGAGGUACAGGGAGCGGAAACGACCUGGUCAUGACGGAGCCAGAAAAAAGUGGACGUGGAAGAAGCGUUGAUUGAUGCGAGUGCAAUUCGUGGUGUGAAUGUGCUGGUCGCCCUGCGAGAGUUGAAGUAUCGGACGCGUGUUGAAAUGCAUCAGUCGUAUCUCGAAAAAUCACUA